AUGUCUGCAUUCAAAGCACCAGCUAUUAAUACUCAAGAUCUUAUAAAUAGGAUCUUGCAGCUUGAACAGAUUAUCAAGAAACUUGGAGAGCAGAAUCAUGAAUUGAAAGAUCAUAAUAAGCAGCUUGAGAUCCAGAUCAUGAUUAUCUUAUUCACUGGACAACAGAAAAAGAAAGAUAAAGCUAAAGUUAAUUCACCAGAACUCUUCAAGAGCAAACAGAGAAAAUUACAAGCUUUCUUGAGUUAA